AAUAUUUAUUUACCACACAAUCAAUUGUUUGUUUUAUUAUUUCAAGUUUUCCUUUUCUGGAGAAUGUAAAAAAUAAACAUUUCACAGACCUAAGUCCGUUUUUAAUUACCAUUUAAGAAAGCUCUUAGAAAAUAUUCGCUUUGUCCUUAAGUAGAUAUUCGUGCCUUUUAUAUAAAAUGCUGGUAGAAAGUACUCACAUAAUUUCACCAUUAUCGUCAAUGUUAAUUAAAAAGUUGGUAUUUUCAUGGUAAAUAUAUAAUUAGAUAUUCGAAAUGCACAAGUGCGUAUUCCACACGUUUCACCCUUAGAAAUAUUUAACCCUCAUUGUCAUGGAAUAACUAGCUUUCAACACGUAAGGGUAGAAUCACGGAACAAAGUAGGCCGAGUUGAAAAGGACAUUUUCAAAUCGAGCGUGAAUAAAGAUAUUUUCAUUCUCGAGCAACAGGUUAAUGGAGAACUUUAUUUUUCGACCAUCCUGAUCGACUAUUCGAAUAUCGAGAGAGAAAGAGAGAGAGGUUCUUUAUUUUUUUUUUAUUUUUACUUUUAAUUUAUUUUUCUUUCGUUUGAUUUUUUAAUUUAUUUUGGUGUCAAUUAUGGAUCAACCAAUCACACCCCGAAUUGCAGAUCAACCUGCUAAUCAACCACCUCAAAUGGUGAAACAAAAUCCUCCGAGUUUUCAGCAGUCGCCACAAGGAGGACCGCAAAGAUUCCCAGUGAAUAAUAAUGGUCCAGGCCAGCCUCCUCCACCACUACGACAUUUAGACAGUAGAUCAUCAUUGCUUCCCGGUCAAUUUCCCCAAUCUAGACCACCGCCUCCAUACGGACCAAGGCCUCGAAACGUCUUCUAUCCCAGAUCACCCGGCAGUCAACCGCCUCCUCCAAUUUCCGGUUCUCCAAUUCCUCCAGGAGCACCAGGUCAAUAUCCAAAUCCCCAACUUUCCGUCCCUGGCUCGCCAAUUCAGGCCGUACCACAACAAACAUUUCCAGGUCCACGUUUCAUUCAAAAUCCAAACAUCCGUGGUCCAUUACCGCCUCCUCAACGACCACCAUUCUCCGGCAAUCCUCAACAAUUCUUUCCAAGAAAUAGUAGCGAUCAACUGAGAGGACCCGCCGAUUUCGUCCAAAGUCAAAAAUUACAACGUAAUGAUUCCGUCGCAAAUUUAAAUCCCCGUUUUCCAAUUGUUCCCGUUGACAGGCGACCACAACUAAUCCCUCAGAUUUCCGUCGAGAGAAUGUCAGACGACGGGACGAAGGUGACGAUGUCUGGCGAUGGCGAUAUCAAGAAACUGGCGAAGGAAAACGACGACGAUGAUGACGUUGUCGUGGACAGUGAAAAAUUGUCGGCGAAAAUCGACACACCACGAUCGCCACGUCUCUCGAUUUCCAGUCGGCAAAAUUCCGGAUCUAUCGAUGGGGAAAGAAUGCAAAUUUCCGGUCUCAAUUCUCCAGCUCGUAUUCAAUCUGCAGGUAGUCAUCAAUCGCCGGGUCAGCAAUCUCCAGGUAGUCAUCAAUCGCCAGCAAGUCAUCAAUCGCCAGUUAGUCAUCAAUCGCCGAUUCAGCAACAAUCCCCAGCCAGUCAUCAAUCGCUGAUUCAGCAACAAUCUCCAGUCAGUCAUCAAUCGCCAGCCCAUCAGCAAUCCUCAAUUCCAAUUUCUGCUCCAGUCAGUAGACCCCCAUCAGCCGCAUUGAGUCCCAAUAAAAUGUCCCGACCACCUUCUGCAAUAAAGGAAACAACGGAUAAUUUAAUAUCGCCAGAGAACAAAUCUGAUGAACAAUUGUCAUCAAAAUCACCCGAUAUUUCUGACACUAAUGCAGAAAAUCCUCAAGAUGGGGAGACGGUGGAAGUGGUCCAGGGAAAAAUUUCAAUUCCAAAUACUCCGAAAUUACCAAAGACUCCGGACAGUGUGCAGGGUUUUGACAAUGGUAUGAGAAGAUCGCUGACAUCGAGAUCAUCGUCUGAAUCCAAAUCACCAAAAUCGCCGAGGUCGCCUGGAUUCAAGGCGUUCGACGAGGAAGAAGAAAAGAAACGUACGACAUUUGCCGAUAUGGACGAAAAUGGAGAUAUUGGUUCCGAUGAUUCGAGAUCGAAAUCGGGUUACACGACUCCAACUACUCCGAGGAAGAGAAUUUCUUCGGGAAGUCGUUCGCCGUCAAAGGAAAAUCGGAGAUCUCUCUCUGCACGAGGAUUGAGAACAGACGCUGAAAAUGACAGUGGCGUUGAUGAAUCAACACAACGUGGAGAGGCGCCUACGUUAAAUGGAAUCAGAAGUUCUCCGACAAAGAGAACGUCUUCAAAGUCAAGGGAAGCGGAUAAAAGUUCGAUGGCCGGCUCUCCCGUGAAGUCGCCAAGUAAAUCCGCGAAAUCUCUACUCAGAACACCAGAUACGGCUUCAUCGGCAAGCAUUCAAGACAAGAAAUUGCCCAUGAAUAAAGUGCAAGUCGGAGCAGCGCCUUCGCCUAAUUUAAAAACAGUGAAAUCGAAAAUCGGCUCCCUAGCGAAUACAGCUUAUAAGCCAGGAGGUGGAAAAAUCAAAAUUGAAAAUAGAAAAUUGGACUUUAGUAAGGCACAACCAAAAAUUGCAGCCAAAAAUGAUAAAUACGCACCAAGUGGCGGCGACAAGAAGAUCCAGCAAGUGAAACUGCAAUGGAAUGCAAAAUCGAAAAUAGGCUCAUUGGAAAAUACAACACACAAGCCAGGAGGUGGAGACAAGAAGAUCGAAACGGUGAAGUUAGAUUUUAAGGACAAGGCAAAACCGAAGGUCGGUUCUAAAGACAAUACAAAACACGUACCAGGAGGUGGCACUGUUAAGUCAUUGGAGACACCACCAAAUACUCCUUCUCAGGACACAUCGUCUAAUGAUAUCGAGACGCAGAAAGUUGAUAUUAAGGCUGAAAGCAAAAUUGGCUCGCUUGAUAAUGUCAAACACAAGCCAGGCGGUGGUGACAAGAAAAUCUUCAAUGACAAAGAUUAUCUCCGACAGACCAGUUCAAAUGCUGAGAGUCUUAGUGGAAGCGGCUCUCAGAGUCCAAUACCGUCUGGCGCAAUCAACAAUGACAAGAAUGGUCUUCCACAAUCGGACGAAAACCUCAACCAGGAAUGCUAGGUCUUCACUACUUAACUAUCAUCGCGUUAACUUUUGAAGUUCAUACAUCCCGAAGAAAAAAGGGCUUUUCAAUUCCUUGUCGACUAUCACAUCGCAAGGGAUUUUAAAAAAGCCGAUCUAAAUCCUGCCAUUUCUGACAUCCCUCGAGGCCAUAGAAAUACAAAAUUUUUUAAUACUUGAUAAUGGAAAAUAAAAAUAGCUACAAAAAAGAAAAUCUUCUCAACUUUAGAAAAAAAUUUUACUCUUGAAUAUUAAUAUUAAAAAUUAAAAACUAAUUUUUCGUCUCUAAUAAUCAUACGAAUCAUUGUGAAAAUCAUUUUUUUAAAUACUACAAAAUCAUAAUUAGAAAAAAAAGAAAAAACAUAAAAACUAGGAAAAAAAUUUGUACAAAUAAAGAAAAUCUGUGACUUUGGAAGAAUGUAAAGAUUUUGAUUGAAUUUUAAAACUGAAAAAUUUUAUUUUAAUCUACAUGUGAUUUUUUCUAUUUUUUUUUUAAUUGUGACAAUUUUUAUUUCUUAUUUAUUCCUAAUUUUAUUUAUAAUUCUUAA